AUGUUUGUAUUGAAUUUUGAAUUAGCAGGUGUCAAUAAGAAUGAUAUUAAAAUUGAAAUCAAAGAUUCAUUAUUAUGUAUUCAAGGUGAAAAAUAUAAAUCAAUGAACAACAACAACAAAAAUAACUUACAAAUUAAUAAUGAUGAUAAACCAAUGAUAGAAGAAGAAGAUGAUGAUUCAUCAUCAUCUUCUAAUAAUAAUAAUAAUAAUAAUAAUAAUAAUAAUAAUAAUAAUAAUAAUAAUAAUAAUAAUAAUAAUAAUAAUAAUAGUAAUAAUAAUAAUAAUAAAUCAUCAAAAACAAAUGAUAAAAAGUUUAUUUCAGAAAGAUCUUUUGGCCACUUUGAAAAAUAUUUAGAUUUAUCACCAGUAUUUUAUCAAUUAGAUUUAAGUACAAUUAAUGCUCAAUUCGAGGAUGGUCUAUUAACAAUUACUGUAAGAAAAACUAACCUUUCAAAUAAUAUUAAAAUCCAAAUAAAUUAA